AUGUGCGAAUACAACCUAUUUAACUGUGUAAAUAUAAUCACAGGCAUCAAACUGAGCGUCAAAGCAUUUCGUUCUCAAUUCUCAGACAGUCCGGUUUCACAUCCUUAUCAUCCUCUCGAGUAUCUAAGUCAUAAAGCCCAACGAGUGGUUAAGGACCUUUUGUCUGGCUCGAAGCACCUGGGAGUCGCGUCACUGACCUCGGGAUGGUCAGUUUACAUGCUCGGUAUCUUCGAGGCAGUUUCAGAAACCACGUGUGGUUUGUAUCUUGGUGCAUUAGGCGUGAAGUAUGGGGUGACGGGCGCAGGGGGGCGAAGGCCAAUAGACCUCGAUGGCACCGAGGAACAGCGACCAGUGCCGAGUGAACAGGAUGAGGAUCUGGUCUUCGAUGCUACCGAUUAUGUUGAAACUCCUAUGAUCCAAAAACAGAACCAGCUUUCCAUGGUACAGAGAUUACGAAGAAGCGUGGUUGACUUCUUCGGCGGCGCUCAAGAAGAACCGGUUGAAAAGGAAAAGGAGGGCCAUGAAGUGAAUUCGCUGGUUAAGGAGGUUGAAAGGACGUCGCGAUUCAAGCGAUCACUACGAAAGCCUCGACAAAACAACGAAGUCGACACUGAAUAUCAGGAAAGCGAGGUGGACGAUGAUGAGGACUAUGGAGAAUCCGGAAGCGGUGACGACGUCUUCAACUACCCUAUCAACAACAACGAUAUUUCCCAACUUGGAUCAUCAGAGCCUGUUCCAGUAACAGGAUCGGAACCGAUUGGCACCACAUCUUACUACCGAAUUAUCGUUAGAAUCGAAGAACCUUUCGAAACUAAUCUUGCAAAUCGACAAACACCCGAAUUCAAGAAACUCAGCGAAAAGGUGAAUAACGAAGUUACUCAGUUGUACAAACGGUCCCUUCCCAAUUACGACAUCAGGUCCAAUGUCGUCAAAUUCGAGAAAACUUCAAACCCCUUCACGACGCAGGUCACCCUCGACGUCGUGUCGAACGACUCGAACGCAGAACAAGUCCGCGCGAUCUUCGAAGAACGGGUCAAGCUCCAUUCUCUCACCGACAUAAUUCUUCAGCCAGAGGAUUUCAGCUUCAGAAUCAUGCAACCCUCAGACGAUAGGAUAUUGCAAUGCGACUAUGAGGUGGAAAUACAGUGCAGAAUGUCGGGCGAAUGCAUACCUAUCAACUCGCGGUGCAACGGUGUCGUAGACUGCAAAGACAGAUCUGACGAGGAGAAUUGUGACGUUCCUGAACCCCCAACAACCCCUGCAACCACGAACAUCCCUUCGAUCCCGUCUUCUCCCGAGGUUUUGGCUCCAAAACCGGUGGCAGGAACCGGCACAGAUGAUCAGGUAGAAACUGAUAAUGAAGUGAGUGGGCCAGGGUCCACUUCAGAUACGGACCAAGUCCUACCCGAUGAGGACGAAGAUCAGCCUCGGAUCAAUCUGGCUAGCCAGCUAACUCCGUCACCUCCGAGAUACCCUGAUGUUGUGUGCCGAGGCGACGAUACCUUCCGCUGUAGAGAUGGCAAAGGAUGCCUUGCCGGCGCACAGCGAUGCGACGGGCAACGAGAUUGCGAGGACAACAGCGACGAAGAAGGCUGUCCUCCGAGAGACCCAACUUCGAUUCAAUUUCCGCCACCAAGUGGCGGAAAUCUAUUGCCCGAGGAUCCAUAUCAAGAAUAUGAAGCAACCGAAUUUCAUCAACCCAAAAAUUCAUCCCCAACCCCACCAACCUCAGCAGAAGAAGAUCGGAACGACGCAUGGACGGUCAUAAAGAGCGAACCAGUCGUCGGGAUCGGGAGUGAAAGCCAAACGCUGUUGACCUCAACAAUCGAGCCAGACGUAGAGGAUGGUAAUGACGUAGAAUUGUUCGACCCUCGGAUUGAGCCUCCACUGAAACCAGGUGUCGCGGUAGACGAAGACCCAACGACCCCAGUACCUGUGGGAGUCCCAGAAGAAGAUGGGGAAGACGAGACGCGAACACCACAGCCUUCGCCUGUCCCGGGAGGGGUUCCAUGCCGAGGUGACGACUCGUUCCGUUGCAAAGAUGGCCGAAAAUGCAUCGCAGGAUCACAGAAAUGCGAUGGCAAUCAGGACUGCGAUGACUCCAGUGACGAAGAGAAUUGUCCGAACGAAGACUGCGGCAUCGACGAGUUCGUUUGCGACGUUUCGAGGUGCAUCAGCAGAUCUCAACGGUGUGAUUUCAACACAGACUGCGAGGACGGCAGCGACGAGAACGACUGUCCUGAGCCACCACCUUGUUCUGAGAGCCAAUUUAGAUGCAGAAACGGGCAGUGCAUCAGGAAGGAUCAGCUGUGCGACGGAACACCGGAUUGUCGCGACCGAACUGACGAACUCACUUGCCAAGAACGGCCCAACCUCGACUAUCUGGAAUAUGAUUUGUCCGUCGCUGAAGAAUUAGAUAAUAGCUUUGGAAACGCGGAUGACGUUGGGAGUCCGUCGAUCACGACGACGGCCGAGGGCGAAUGCCCAAUUGGCGAUUGGCUCUGCAGAACUGGCAAUCAAUGCAUUCCUGCAUGGCAAAGAUGCGACUACGAACCCGACUGUGACGACUUGUCCGACGAGGACGGCUGUGGAACGACCUGCGAUCCUCAGUCGGAAUGGACUUGUCGUCGUAACAACCAGUGUAUUUUGAUAAGCCAGAAGUGCGACGGAGUCGCCGACUGUCAAGAUCGGUCGGAUGAGCAAAUCUGUCCUUGCAGCGAGACCCAGUUUAAGUGCAAUAGUGGAUACUGCGUUCCGAAAAUACGACGAUGCGACGGCUUCAACGAUUGCCAAGACAGAUCCGACGAGAUGAACUGUACAACACCUGCACCCCGAUGCAAGUCUGACGAAUUUGAGUGUCCCAGUGGAGAAUGUAUCUUGGCCACUCAGGUCUGUGACUAUAACUCCGAUUGUGCCGAUGGUUCUGACGAAGCCAACUGUGAAGACGAGGGUCAAGUAUGCACUUCGGAAGAGUUCCGAUGUAACGACGGAUUCUGCGUGAGUCUGAGUGCGCGUUGUAAUUCAAUCCAAGAUUGUUCCACUGGCGAAGAUGAGGAACAAUGCGGUUGUGCCGCCUCGGAGUUUCGCUGUUCGGACGGCAGUUGCAUCGCUUACGACUUGCACUGUGAUGGAAACAAGGACUGCCCGGAUGCCUCCGACGAAGACUGCGGUUGGGCUGAGUGUCCCUCGAUGGACUUCACCUGCGGGGAUCGCUCUUGUAUCCCGAAAAGCUCGGUUUGCAACGGCAUCGACGACUGCCCGCGGGCCGAAGAUGAGCUUCACUGCGAGAGAAACUGCACCAGUUCGGAAUUCAAAUGCGUCAAGGAUCGUAAAUGCAUCAGCGCUACGUACAGGUGCGAUUCGAGGAACGACUGCUUAGACCACAGCGACGAGGAGGGCUGCCCACCUAAGACCGGAAACGUGACUGGAGCCGGAAAUCGUCCCGGAAGUGGAGGGUUGGACCGAACCACGGAGAGGAACUCCAUCCCUGAGGGCGAAACCGAAACUACUAAUAUCGGAGUACGAGAAUGCGACCCGCAGACCGAAUUUCGCUGCCGGAAUGGCCAGUGCAUCAAAGCUCGUAGGAAGUGCGAUGAUGUUUUCGACUGCUACGAUGACUCUGACGAAUCUGAUUGCGCUUUGUCUGUGUUUGUGCGCAAAGGAAAAUGCUCACUGGACCAAUGGAAGUGCGGAAGCUCGGAAUGCAUCCCGGAGAACGAAAGGUGCGACGACGUUCCCAACUGCGUCGAUGCCUCCGAUGAGCUGGACUGCGUAUUCGACUGCCCGGCGGAAAAGUUCAGAUGCGACAUCGGCGUAUGUCUGGAUGGGGAUAAGUUUUGCGACGGUGUACCCGACUGUCCCGACGGAUCCGACGAGAGGAACUGCCCCUGCCCUGCCGGCAAGUGGCCGUGUGCAAACGGAAACUGCAUUUAUCAGAAAUUCCGAUGCGACGGGCACACGGACUGUCACGACGGAAGUGACGAGAUUAACUGCCAGCCCGUUCCGCCACCAACGGAAAGACCGAGUCCGGUGUCUUGUCGACGAGAUGAAUUCCAGUGCAAUAGUGGAGAGUGCAUUCCGAGUACCGCCGUAUGUAACAGGGCUACUGACUGCAGGGAUGCCAGCGACGAAGAGAACUGUUCGACACAGCGUUGCAGUCGGGGCGAAUUCCAAUGCAGAAACCGCGUCUGCGUCAGCGAAGGAGUUAGAUGCAACGGAUACGACGACUGCGGUGACUAUUCCGACGAAGAAAACUGCGAUCCCUCCGAGAUCCUUUGCUCGAAAAGCGAAUGGCGGUGCGAAAAUGGUCCCUGCAUCUCGAUCAACCAGCGAUGCAACGGCCGACGCGACUGUCCUCUGGACAACUCUGACGAGCUGGAUUGCAACCUGACGGAUUGCCAGCCUUGGCAAUGGCGGUGCGAAAACGGACCCUGCAUCCCCCUGGGCCAACGGUGCAACGGACAACGCGACUGUCCUCUGGAUAAUUCGGACGAGUUAGACUGCCCCAGACCCACUUAUCCUCCCUUCCCACAAGAAUCGCUGAAACUCGUAGUGCGUCCGGUGGACCAAGUGAUCAAAGAAAAACCGCCACCUGAAGGUCAAGAAGUCGUCAUUCAAUGUCGAGACGAAGGUCCACGUCGAGCUCCGGUCCGCUGGGUCCGCCAGGGUGGCGCUUCGCUGCCGCUUGGAAGCACUGUUCAAAACGGUCGUUUGACGAUGCCCAACAUCCAGGUCAGCCACAGUGGUGACUACAUCUGCGAAGCGCUCGGAGUAUCCGUGGAUACACCGGGUCGAACAGCCAGCGCUCAUGUGACGGUUGAAAAGUAUGAAAAUAUCACACGACCGAAGGAGGCUUGUAAAUACGAUGAAGCUACCUGCAGCAACGGCGAGUGCAUACCGAAACAGUGGGUGUGUGACAAGAAGACGGAUUGUACAGACGGUAGCGAUGAAAGUCGAUGCAAUCCACUCGGUUGCGAGCCCAACCAGUUUAGGUGUGCGAGCAAGGAAUGUGUAAGCAAAUUAUGGAGAUGCGACGGCGAGAGAGACUGCACCGAUGGCAGUGAUGAAGAAAAUUGCACGCCUUCACCACCGGGGUCGCCCUGCAAGUACAGCGAGUUCAAGUGCACACGUUUCGAUCAGUGCAUUCCGAAGACAUUCCACUGCGACACGGAGUCAGACUGUAUGGACGGAAGUGACGAGCUGGGCUGCUCCCCGGUAACCAUCCAGACACCCCCGCCGCCGAUAGUCGAGCUGAACAUAGGCGAGACUUUUACGAUAACUUGUAUCGCCGUUGGUAUUCCGGUGCCAGAAAUCAACUGGCGAUUGAACUGGGGACACAUACCGGACAAGUGCAAGACCACCUCUGUAAACGGUGUCGGAACUCUGACGUGCCCUGAUAUUGCAACCGAAGACCAAGGCGCUUACUCGUGCGAAGCGAUGAACGGUAUCAGGGGAUCAGAUGGACCAGGAUGGGUCUUCGCAGUUCCCGAUACCAUUCUUGUCGUUAAGCUUCCCACGGGCGUUUGUCCUGCUGGACAGUUCAACUCCCUCGCUCGAUCCGCCGAAGAGUGCAUCUCCUGUUUCUGCUUCGGUGUUGCUACCAGUUGUUCAAGCGCCGACCUCUUCACCUACCAGCUUCGAACGCCUUUGGACCAGUUCGACCUGUUCUCUGUGAACACUUACAGAAGCCUGAAGAUCCAAGGUCGAAUAACCGCUCGAGAGCCUGUCAUUCGUCCAGUCGGGCAAAACGGUUUUUAUGUCUAUGACCCCAACCCUGAAAGCAAUGCUUAUGCCUCGUUACCCUACUUUGCACUGCCGGAAAGCUACCAUGGCAAUCAGCUGAAGUCAUACGGUGGAUACCUCAAGUACACCGUGCGGCGUGCUGGCCGAGGAGAGAAACUCAAUGGCGCGCCCUCGGUCAUACUCAGUGGUAACAAUUACCUUCUCGUACACGAGGACAAGGGUGUACAACCAGACUAUGAGACGGACCAAACGGUGCGAUUCUUCUACGGAGAGUGGCAACUGGCAGCAAACGAUCAGUUGAGAUUGGCGUCAAGAGAGGAGAUCAUGAUGGCGCUUGCAAACGUCGAUAACAUCUUAAUUAAGCUCAGAUAUGAUGAUGGACGGUUAGAUACCACCAUCACAAACGUGAUAAUGGACACAGCUGACGUGGGUAACACAGACUUGGGUGCUGCAUCGUUCGUUGAGGAAUGUCGUUGUCCAGCUGGCUACACGGGUCUCUCCUGUGAAAAUUGUGCAUCCGGCUUUGCGAGACGAGAUAGUGGUCCAUGGCUAGGGCAGUGCUACAAAGAAGAACCAGCGACCUGCCCGCCUGGCACCUACGGUGACCCAUCAAGAGGCAUUCCAUGCCAGACUUGCCCCUGCCCGCUGACUUCGCCUUCGAAUCAAUUCGCUCGAACCUGUCACCUCGACUCGGACGGACGACCGACCUGUGAUUGUGCCCAAGGAUACCUUGGACGUAGAUGCGAACAGUGCGCUCCCGGAUAUCAGGGCAAUCCCUCCAUCGCUGGUGACAAAUGCGUUAAAGUCAGUGAAUGUGACCCUAAUGGCAGUAUUAGCCCGUAUGUGGACCCCGCAACCGGACAAUGUGAAUGCAAGCCGUCUGCAACUGGUCGUACCUGCAACAAAUGCAAGGCCAACACGUUCAACUUGGCCAAGAACAACGAAUUUGGAUGCACUAGCUGCUUCUGUAUGGGCAUCACCGAAAAAUGUACUUCUUCCAACUUGUACAGAAGUGAGAUCCGCGUAGAGUUUACCAGCUCCAUCCGUGAUUUCUCUUUAGUAGAAUCGUCGCGAUAUGGUAAUCAGCCAUCGCCAAUUGUUGACGGAAUCCGGCUGAAUACGAUAAGCCGAGAAAUCGUUUACAACUCUUUUCCCAACAGUGACAACAACGAAGUUUACUAUUGGCAAUUGCCUAGCGACUUCUUAGGUGACCAGCUCGGCUCCUACGGCGGUAACCUCGUGUACACAGCGAGAUACGUUCCGUCCCCAGGGGGUGGAAGAUCCAGAAACAAUGCUGCCGAUGUCGAACUGAUUAGUUCAAACGAUAUCGAACUUCGAUAUUAUUCUUCGGUACAAGUAGAGCCGAAUGAUUCGGUGACAUUCACAGUGCCGAUACACGAGGAUCAUUGGCAGCGAAUCGAUGGAACUACCGUUAAUCGAGAGAAUCUUCUUAUGGCGUUAGCUGACGUACAGGCGAUCCGCAUUAAGGCAACGUACACCACACAUACCGAUGAAGCCGCACUCUCAUCCGUAUAUCUGGAUACCGCGGUGAGCAUAAACAACGGCAGAGCACGUGCGGUUGAAGUUGAACAGUGUACCUGCCCCUUCGGAUACAAAGGCUUGUCUUGCGAGGACUGUGACGUCGGAUACACCAGAGCUGGUGAGGGAUUGUAUCUCGGUUUGUGUGAGCCCUGCGAAUGCAACGGACACGCAACCCAGUGCCAUCCAGAAACCGGAGUCUGCGAGUAUUGUCGUGACCAUACAACCGGAGAAAAAUGCGAAUCCUGCGAAUAUGGUUAUGAAGGCGAUGCAACUCGCGGAACUCCUGAAGAUUGUCGGCCAAGAUACACACCACCCGGAAACGCAACAAAUCCGUCGUGCGAUUGUAACCCUGCAGGAUCUCUUGGAACUAAUUGUUACAACGAACAGUGUCGGUGUAAGCCUAACGUCGUGGGUCCAAAAUGUGAUCGCUGCCGUGCAUCGACUUUCGGACUGUCCACCAAUAACCCAGAUGGUUGCAAUGAAUGUUUCUGUAGCGGAGUGACCCAGGAGUGUCACGAAAGCUCUCUUUAUGUUACUCAGAGGCCAAUGCCUAUUCUUGAUGCCAAUCACGGAUUCACUCUCACAGACUCCGGACGAAGCCAUGUGAUAACGGAAGGAUUCGAAGUUCAAACUUCUAGAAAUGAGAUUGGUUACCGAUAUCUGGACUCUCGUAGCCAGCGACUUUACUGGUCAUUGCCAUCUUCCAUAACGGGUAACCAGAUAAAGAGCUAUGGUGGAAAUCUAAUUUUGACACAGCGAAUCGUAGCCCGUCCCGGUGCACCGAUUAACAAAGAUCAAGAUGUUGUUCUUACCGGUAACGGCAUAACUCUCUUCUGGGUCAAUCCUGAAGAAAUCGAAUCAGACUACUCGCUGACGUACAGCGUGCCGUUAGUUGAAUCAGCAUGGAAACGACUGACGACGGAUGGUCCGCGCAGCGCUUCUCGUGUAGACCUCAUGACCGUCCUUGCAAACUUGGAGGCUAUCCUGGUUCGUGCAACGCACAGUCAGGAAAUGAUUGCAACUUACAUCAGCGACGUCAGUCUCGACACAGCUGUGCAACACGUGGCAUCAAGCAGACGCGCUACUCAAGUCGAAGCCUGUCGAUGCCCGUCGGGAUACACAGGAAGUUCCUGCGAAAGCUGCGCCCCUGGAUAUUACAGGAACGAGUUUGACAGAUCUCGCAGUAUUCUAGGAGCCUGCAACCUUUGCCCGUGCAAUGGAAACGAAGAAAGCUGCGAAAUCGACAGAUACGGUAGUGUUAAAUGUUACUGCCGGCCGGAAUUCAGUGGACCAUCCUGCGAAUACGACGUCCCCGAACCCACGGAGCCCACGCCUUUGCCGACGAAUCCCCCGCCGAGAAUCAUCGUCACGAUCCGUCAGACCGGCCUUGAAAUCGUCGAGGCUGGCACCACAGUCAGAUAUUACUGCUCCGGAAGGUCACAGGACAGCGACGCAAUCGACAUCGAGUGGCGGAAGCAGGGAGGUGAAUUGCCGCCUGGUCGAAGCUACGAUGACACCCGUGGUGUUCUCGUUAUCAGAGACGUCAAGAUCUCCGACAGCGGUGUAUACGUUUGCCAAGUCAGCGACGGAAUCAAUUUAGCCACCGAGACCGUCUCUCUGACUGUUGAAGGUGACGUAGGUUCGAAACCGACAAUAACAAUCGUGCCAAAUUACUUAACGGUCGAAGAAGGAAAUCCCGUCGAAUUCCGUUGUGACUCAUCGGGUGUCCCACAGCCGGAACUAUCAUGGAUUCGUGUCCGAGGUGAAAUGAAUCCCAGCGCAACCUUUGAAAAUGGUAUUUGGAGACUACCCUCCGCCAGAUUAAGCGACGAAGAUGAGUACAAGUGUAUCGCGCGAAACAGUGCCGGUACCACCGAACAACGAACGAUUCUCUACAUCACUGAACGCCCUAACCCGCCACAAGUGGACCGACCGAUUAUCGACCCUGUCGAAUGGGUAGGUGGACCCACUGAACUUGUUGAACUGAGGUGCACCGCAACGCCUGACGCCACAGUCACUUGGACCAGAGCUGGAAACCUACCAUUGCCAGAUUCUGCUACCGCACGAGAUGGAGUUCUGACGAUCUACAAUCCUAGUCCUUCCGAUUCCGGCAUAUACGUGUGCACGGCGACCACCUUCCAAGGAGUAACGACUUCCAACAACGCGAGAAUAUCAAUCCAAGCGUCUAACGGACCUCCGACCGUCACAAUUGAGCCAGCGAGGCAGACCGUCUUCCAAGGAACAGUAGCUGAAGUCAAGUGUGUCGUGACAGGUAGCCCUGCGCCUUCUGUUACGUGGACGAAACGUGGAGAACCUCUUGGUGCUCACAUUCAAGUUAUCGGAAGUACGCUCAGGAUCCUUAAACCGAGCGUUUCGGAUCGAGGAAUUUACGUCUGCCAAGCUACCAACAGUGGAGGAAGUUCGCAGGGAAGCGCUGUGGUUGAAGUAGAACCUCGAGAGGCGCCAGUCGUAGCCCUGUACCCAGAGAAGAGGCAACGCGUUCUCGUCGGCGGGUCAGCAAUGUUUGCAUGCCGUGCUGAAAAGGGAAUUCCGACACCAGACCUCAUCUGGGCUCGAGAGGAUGGCAGACCGUUCAGCUCGAACGUAGAGCAGCUUUCGUCUGGCGUGCUAAGAUUCAGCAACGUUACUCUGGAAGACGGCGGGAGCUUCACUUGUUCGGCGUCAAACGCGGUCGGCUCGACCUCUAUAAUUGCCGUCCUUGAAAUUAACUCGCAGCCUGUCAUCACAAUCACACCAUCCAAUCGAACUCCUCUGACAGUCGAAGUUGGCCAGAGAGUGCGGCUCACCUGCAGCGCUACCGGCCAUCCGCAGCCCACGGUCGAAUGGAACAAGGGCCCCGGAUAUCCGGAGCUCCCCAGAACCCUCUCGUACGAUGCUGUUCAUGAAAUAAGCUCAGUUUCCUUCGGAGAUGAGGGCAUCUACACGUGCACUGCGUCAAAUGGCGAGGGUAUAGCUGAAGAACGCAUCGAACUCAUUGUAAAAGACAAUGGACCAGUCCCACCGCUACCCGGCCCGGUAGUCGAGAUUCCUGGCGAGAAAAUGAAGAUUCCCGUCGGUGGACGAGCUCAGAUACGCUGUCAGAUAUUUAAUGGCGACCGAAAGCUUUAUCUCGACUGGCAGAGGAGUGAUGGCAGAAGUUUACCAGAAGGAAGCAGCGUGCGUGACGGCACUCUGAGUAUACCUCUUAUGACGAGCGAAGCAGCUGGAGAAUACGUAUGCCAAGGAACGAGCAACACCGGAAUUAUCGAAUUCAGAGCAAAGACGUAUUUGGAAAUCAUUACUCCACCAAGAAUCGUGUUGGACCCGAUCCGACAGACUGUCAGGCCAGGUGACAGCCCGUACGUAAAUUGCACUGCUACUGGAGAUCAGCCCAUCACCGUCAUGUGGCAAGCCAUUGAGAAGAGUUUUUCGAACCGAGUCAGUCAGAUUGAUGGAGUCCUCCAAUUCCGCGGUAUCACCUUUGAUGACGCUGGAAAAUAUGUUUGCACAGCAACAAAUAAUGCUGGAAGUGCCGAGGCAGUCGCCGAAGUUUCAGUCACUGCAGAGUUCGGGCCUCCCAUCACGAGUAACCAGCGAGACAUUUCUGCAGCGGUUGGCAGUAACGUACGCCUCGAUUGUCCCCCAUUCCAGAGUCGAUCACGUGUGGAAUGGAGGAGGGAAGGAUCAGUUCUUCCGGCCAACUCGUACAGACGCGAAAAUUAUCUGGACCUGCCUCAAGUUAGGGUGGAAGACAGCGGAAGAUACGUAUGUCGGGUCACUGAUGCUUACGGAGUCAGUAGCGAGAAUUACAUCAAUCUACGAGUCGAAUUUUACGGAGCGUUGUGCAGCGGUACCGAAAUCCAAUGCAGAAGCAGCGAAUGCAUUGACAAGCAGUAUCUCUGCGACGGCUUCAUCGACUGCCCGGACGGGAGCGACGAGCGAUUCUGCAAUAACAGACAAUAUCGCCACUAUCCACCAUGGCAACGCGCUGAAGCACCACAGAUCUCCCUCCGCAUACGAGCUUCUAGUGACCUCGUUAAUAUUGGAGAUAACGUCGAUUUACGGUGUGAAAGCUUCGGAGGCCAAGACGUACGCUUCCGAUGGACCCGACCUACGUACUCAUCACUGCCGCCAAAUGCAAGAGCGGUCGGAUCCGUGCUGAGACUCACGAAUGUCGGGUACGGUGACAGCGGAGUUUAUCGUUGUAUAGCCGAAACGAGAGAAGCGAGCACCGAAACGGACUACAAUCUUAUAAUUGAAGGUGGGAACAAUGAUGCGCCAGCUGUACAAACGAAUCCUGUACCGUAUGGAGCGGUAUUUUCGAUGAAUUGCAAGGUUGACAUAGAACCUCCGGUUACAUUCAAGUGGGCUAAGCUUGGAGGACUUUUGCCGAACCACAGUAGAAUACAGGACAGUGAAAUAAAACUGCUGGACGUGAAUGCCGAAGAUGCGGGCACGUAUAUCUGUACCGCGAGCAACGGCCAAAGGAGCGUGGAAGUACUGCAAACCCUGGUUGUGACUGGCGUGGUGCCUUACUUCAGUCAGGCUCCCGAGAGUUACAUAUCCUUCCCGCCCCUGCAAGAUGCAGCUUACGAAUUCGAUAUCGAAGUAUCGUUCAGGCCUGAAAUGUACGACGGUCUUAUUCUCUACAACGGUGAGAGGAGCGACGGCGGUGGAGAUUUCAUUGCUCUAUCCCUCAUUGGAGGAUAUCCGGAAUUCAGGUUCAACCUCGGAUUUCGUCAAGCCGUGAUCCGGGCACGAACUCCCGUCACGCUCGGAAAAUGGCACACAAUUAAGCUCCAUCGUAACCGUAAAGAGGGAAGAAUGACGGUAGUCGGCGAUCCGCAAAGUCCCUACUCAGGUACCGCUCCGGGCAGGCUACAAACGUUGGAUUUGAAGGAGCCAUUGUACGUAGGAGGUGUUCCCGAUUACUCAAGUAUUAACCCGCAAGAAGCGGCAUCCUCCGGCUUUGUGGGUUGCGUCAGUAGGCUGGUCGUCGGAUCAAACGAACUUAACUUAAUCACCGACCAGUUGGAAAGUGUCGGCACUACCACCUGUGAAACUUGCGCCGAAAACUCGUGCAGCAAUGGAGGAGUUUGUCAGGAAGCCGCCACCGAGGAAGGAUACAGGUGCCUCUGCCCUGCAGGAUACACCGGAAACCGCUGCGACAACGUUGGGCAGGCAUGUUAUCCAGGUGCCUGCGGUAACGGUACGUGCAACGAUCUAGGAGAUGGCUUCACUUGUGACUGUCCUAUCGACAAGGGUGGUCUCAAAUGCGAAUUAGACGUGAGCGUUGAAGAGCCAGCGUUCUUGGAUAGGAAUGCAUAUUUAGCAUACCGAACGCCCAAGGCACUACGAAAGAUUAAACUAGCUAUGACAUUUAAACCAUCGGACUCGGGCGACGGAAUUCUGAUGUACUGUGCUCAGAACAACGAAGGUCUGGGCGACUUUAUCGCCCUCGUGAUAAAGGACAGACACGUGGAGUUGCGAUUCGACUUGGGCUCAGGAAUGGCGGUCGUAAGAUCGAACCACGUUGUGCAACCAGGAACGUGGCUCCACGUGAGGGCGAGCAGAGAUUUCAAAGAAGGAAAAUUGUCCGUGAACGGAGAGGCCCAAGUGGAAGGAAGGUCGCCCGGUUCUUCGAAAACCAUGAACCUCGACACUCUGUUGUACAUCGGCGGGGUGAACAGCCGCAGGGUUACGGUCAACAGGAACGUGGGAAUCGUCGAGAACUUCCGGGGCUGCAUAAGCAAGUUCGACGUCGCGGGGCAAAACAUCGACAUCCUCAAGUCAGUCAUCGAAUCGUCCAACAUCCAAGAUUGCGUGGGGAAAUAUUCAAAUCAUACCGAUUUCCCGCCUUACGAAACGACGCCGGCUCCAACAAGGCCGCCAACCUCGCCGUCAACGACGCAGUUCAAUCCCUGCGUCUCGAAUCCGUGCGUUCACGGAGCUUGUCAAGUGACGGAGAACCUCGACUAUUCCUGCGUCUGCGAAUACGGAUACGUUGGUAGGAACUGCGAGAACGUUUUGAAGCAGUGCGAAUUGCUGAAACCCUGCACAAACAAGGGAAUAUGCACCGAUCUUCCCGGGGGAUUCAAAUGCGACUGCCUGCUCGGUUUCAACGGACUCAGAUGCGAAAUUCCCGUUGAAAUAGCAUCGGACGUGGCUUUCCGCGGCGACGGAUGGCUCGAACUCGAGAGAUCGUUGAUGACGCACGAAGAAGAGAAGGAAGUCCUGGGAUUCGAAAUCUCCACGAACAAAAGCAACGGCUUGAUCAUGUGGCACGGACAGACUCCGAAGGAUCUCAGCGCCGAUGAUUUCAUAUCUCUUGCUGUAGUCGACGGGUACGUCGAGUACCAGUACAACCUGGGCUCGGGACCCGCGGUGAUCAGGGUGACGGCCCAGCGGGUGGACGACGGGGAACGUCACAGGAUCGUCCUGAAGCGUCAGGGUAGCGAAGGCAGCAUCGAGCUGAACGGCGAGCACACGGAAAGCGGGGCGAGCGAAGGUCUUCAGCAGCUCCUCAACGCCAGAGGCAGCGUUUAUCUCGGAGGCCUGCCGGACUACAUGAUGAGCUUCGGCCGGUACCGGGAGGGGUUCUCCGGGUGCAUCUACACCCUCGAGGUCCAGGAUUCGGGGGCGAUAUACAUCGGCGACUUGGCUAUCAGGGGGAUAAACGUUUACCCGUGUACCAGCGAUCCUGACAGCGUUCCGAAAAGAGGUGAUAUCUAAAAGUUCGCGUCCAAAGAUGAAUGAAAGUAAGUCUUCGUGAUUGAGAGCCGAAGGAUCCGAACUCCGAGUCGCAAGGUGUGAGUCGAGAAACCGUAUGAGAAGCGAAA